GUGGCAUCGCAUCGCUGCAUCGCCCCCGUUACUCGCAUGCGUGCGCGCGGAUUUUCGGCGAUGGCUGGAGGGUGAAGAAUACACACAGAGACAGAGAGAAAGAGAGAGAGAGAGAGAGAGAGAGAGGGAGGGAGUGGAGGUGAGAAGAGCAGACAGAAUCGGGAGGGAGGGAGGUUGAGAAUGUGGGCGGCAGCGGCGGGGCGUCGAGUCGCGAGCGUUGUGCUGAGGCGCUCGUGGGAGUCGCUGUGCACGCAGGGACAAAGGGCACUCUUCACUGCGGGAUUCAGAGAAUGCGAGGAUCGCAGUGACAAUGAUCGGAUGCGGGAGCGGGGAGGAGCUGCGGAGGUGAUUGCGCGUGGGUGGCAGGUUAGCCCUGAGAGUGAAAGCGAUUGGCGGAGCCAUGCAGCUGCUGUGGCUCGGUCUAUCGAUCUCAUCAAAGCUCGCCUUGAGUGGAAAAAACUGCUUGCCAGGGUUCAGGAGUUGGACGUCGAAUUAGCAAAGCCAAAUCUAUGGGAAAAUGCUGCUAAAGCUGGCCAGUUUAGCCGAGAGAGAGGUGCGCUGUCAGGUCAAGUGAAGUCUGUGAUCAGUAUGGAAGACGAGUUGCUUGAGCAUGUUGGACUUGCAGAGCUUGCCCACGAAGAGAAUGAUACUCAAGUAGUCACAGAUGUAACACAAGGCCUGGCGGAACUCCGUAAGACCGCUAGCGAGAGGGAGUUAGUGGCGUUGCUUUCGGGAGAACAUGAUUCACGCUCCUGUUUUAUAGAGGUCCAGGCGGGGGCAGGAGGAACCGAAAGCAUGGACUGGGCAGCGAUGGUCAUGCGGAUGUACAGAAUGUGGGCUCAAACUCGUGACUACGAAGUAACAGUGGUAGAUGAGAUGCCUGGUGAAGAGGCUGGCAUAAAGCGGGCAACAAUACGAGUGGAUGGGCUUUAUGCAUAUGGAUAUGCUAAAACAGAAGCAGGUGUCCAUCGUCUCGUGCGCAUUUCUCCUUUUGAUGCAGGCAAGCGCCGUCACACUUCCUUCGCAGCGGUUGCAGUGAUACCUGCGCUUGAUGAGUCGGAAGUAAGCAUUGAGAUUGGCGAAAGUGAUCUACGAAUAGAGAGAUUCCGAGCUGGUGGGGCCGGUGGUCAGCAUGUCAACAAAACAGAGAGUGCUGUCCGCAUUAUUCACAUCCCUACUGGUAUUGUUACACAAUGUCAGGCUGACAGAUCACAACAUCGAAAUAAGGCAACAGCCUUAAGUAUGCUGCAGUCUCGUCUUCAUCAAAUGGAAGUGACACGUAGGGCAAAAGCCAAUGCCCAACACACACAAUCCCUUUCCGAUGUUUCGUGGGGCAAUCAAAUCCGCUCAUAUGUUCUUCAGCCUUACCAGAUGGUGAAGGAUUUACGUACGAACUAUGAGGUCUCGGAUCCUAGUUCAAUAUUGGAUGGUGAAAUCGACGGCUUUAUUAUGGCCUACUUGGCGAGCUCUUCUGCUCCUUAGUCUCGCAGUAGUUCGCCCGUUGUACGUUUGACACUCAUGAUUCCAGCAAAUUUAUCGAGAUGAUCGUUGAGGGUUUGUUUCAAGGCUUACUGAGAUCGUUGAGGUGCUCCACUAUUGAUAAGUCUUCACCAGAGGCGCAAAUCGCCGUCUUUGACAUGAAGGGAAAAAUAGGGUCAAACUUCGAUUACAAGUCAUCGUGCAGAGAUUGAACCGAUGGAAGCAGCGUUUCGUUGCACUCCUCAGAGUUGCCUCAUGAACCUCGAGAUGUGCAAUUUGAUAAAGCAAUGUAUAGCGAGGAACCAUAGAGGCUGUUCAUUGAAGGUAUAAGUUAGUGGUGGUACUCAAAUUGUGAACGCAAUUCUGGACGAUUGAAUAGAUAAUCUCAAGUUGUCAUUUGAAGAGAAACCAUGAUGACCAUGAUGAUACUGAGAUCUGUCCAAACUUGUUCAAACCUAGAUGGGUUGUUUGGCUGGAUGGAACUUCGGCAACCCGUUCUCAUUUUGUCAUCAGAGAUGAAUACGCAUUUGUCUGAUCAAGUCGAUUGCUGCUUGAGCUCCAAGUUCACCGUA